GGUUUGAAAGCGUCAACAAACAGUUAGCAACGCUUCGAAUAGUGGAUUUUAAUGCUUUAUUUUAGCAUCUCAGGAUUCAGGAACACUGCAGGUCAGUGAUGUCAUACAGUGACAGUAAGAGAGUUUUGCUGCUGCAGGAGGAAGUCAAGAGUCUGAGUCAAGAGCUUGCUCAGUGUCAGGCGGAUAAGGAGUUUGUGUGGUCGCUAUGGAAACGGCUCCAGGCGGCGAAUCCGGACCUGACGCAGGCCGUGAGUUUAGUGGUGGAGCGUGAGAAACACAAAGCGGAAGCUAAAGAUCGGAAAGUUUUGGAAAUCCUGCAGGCCAAAGACUACAAGAUCCAGGAGCUUGAGAAGGAAGUGACCACACAGAGACAGGAAGUGACCACACAGAGACAGGAAGUGACCACACAGAGACAGGAAGUGAGCAGACUCCUGCAGCAGCAGCGUGCUAGUGAGGAGGAGCGCCAAGUGAUGAAGAAAGAGCUGGUAGAACUACAACACACACUGUGUGAUACGACACAACGCUUACAGGAAUGUGAUGAUGGAUGGAGGAGAAGGUUGGAGGAGGAACAGAGCAGGAAACAGGAGGAAACAAACAACGCCAUACUCAAGGAAUGUGAUGAAGGGUGGAGGAGGAGGUUGGAGGAGCAGCAGGAGCAGAGCAGGAAGCGGGAGGAGGUGAACAAUGCACGACUCAGGGAGUUACAGGAGGACAUGGUGAAGAUUCAGACUGUCAACUCGUCUCUCAGUUCAGUUCAACACAAACUGAGUGAGAGAGAGCAGCAGCUUCAGCAGCUCAGGGGUGAGCUGCAGGAUCUUCAAUGUCUGUAUGUCCAGAGUGUGGCUCAUGCAGGAGAGCAGGCAGAACUCAUCCAGCAGCUGGAAGGUCUCAACAUGGACACACAGCAGAUCCUGCAGAGCCAAGAGAGAGUGCACACAACACACACUGCCUCGUACCACAAGCUGUACAGUGAGCUGAGUGUUUCCUAUCAGGCCCUCCGUCUCAGUGAGGAGCAGCUGCGACAGAGAGACGCCUGUCUCACUGAACAGCUUUGUCAGAAGGAAAAGCAGGUCUCUGAACUUCAGGACCAACUUCAGCAGAUCCAACAGCUUGUAACACCCCACCCUCUGUCCCCUCAGCAGAAGAUAGAGCAGGAGUGUGUGGAGGCUGCACAGACUCAAGAGUGUGUGUCUCACUUCGCAUCCUCUGAGACUCAGAGCUGUGGUACACAAACAGAGCAGGGUUCCAGGUCUGUUUUUCCAAGCAGUAAUACAACAGCUGAGAAUAAAAUCCAGCAGUUGGAGGAGUUACUCAUUCUCAAGACAGCAGAGAACGAGGAGUUAAGGCGAGCUCAUGCAAAGCGUCACGAUCGUCUGCGCCUGAUUCAGACCAACUACAGAGCGGUGAAAGAGCAGCUGAAGGAGGUGGAGGACACACAAGGCCUGCCUAAAGGCAGUACAAGGCGAGCUGAGACGUGGGAGCUCCGUCAGGAGAACAGCGAUGCCGUUUGGAACGAGUUGGCCUUCUUUAAACGCGAGAACAAGAAGCUUCUUGCAGAGAAGUCUCAGCUAGAGGAGGAGUUGGAUGUGGCUCGUGUUCGAGUGGCCAUGGAGCAAGCAACAGCACAGGAGCUACGUCUGCAUCUGCAUGAAGAACAGCAAGAGCUGCAGCUCAAUGAUGUUGAUGAGGACAGAGUGAGCAGCACACCUUUACCUGCUGUACACAGAAUACACUCCUCUAUUAGAAAGAUUGAAGUGUUGGAAAGGAAGAUGGUGUGUCUGGAGAGAGAGACGUUGAAGCUGCGAGAGGACAAGCAGACCCUACAGGACGCUAGCGAUCUCCUGCGUAGUGAGCUGGAGGAGGCCCGUGUGCGUGAGGAAGUGACCCAGGCUCAGGUGAGUGCAGAGCGGGACAGGCUGCUAGGUGAGGCCCAGGCUCUACAGGCCCAGUUGGACAAAUCACGCAGAGCACAGACUGCGUCUCAAGCAGCGUUAAUGAGGGUGAGACAGGAAGUGGGAGUGCUGAGAGCUGAGAGGGACUUCCACAGGGACAAGAUACGGAGAGGACGACGAUGUGGGGGACACACCAUAACACACCCAACUGUCUCACUGCAGCCAAGGAAACACAGCCCGGUCAAGGACGAGUGGGAGGACAUGAGUCCAGACAGUGACAGUGAGGAGUUCCCUGACAGUCGGUGUGCCGCUCAUCCUCUCCGGUCAAAGGGCUGCGCAGCUCGUCGACACACGGUCAGAGAAAGCUCCACCAGGGCUCACAGCACAGUAUCACAGCUUAACACGGAGGUGUGGAGGAGGAGGAAGAUGAUGAAAAGGAGGAGUGUAUGUGUGGUGAAGAAGGGAGCAGGAGUAUGUGAGGAUGCAGUAGUGAGGAAGAGGAGAGGGAUGAAGAGCGGUCGUGUGUGUGCUGUGUUUACUCAGAGGCUUGCCUGUCUGCAGCAGCAGGUUGCAGUUCUGCAGGCGGCCAGCAGGGCGGCGCACGACGAGCGACUCAAAUACCAACACACACACACUGAACUGCAGACACUAACAAACACGCUGAAGCAACAGAAGGCUGUGUUGGAGGCGGAGUUAGAGCGGUUGAGGAAGUCCCGCCCCCCUGAAACACAACACCAGCUGUCUGUCACAGCGUCGGCUCCUAACCCUGACCUCAAUAACGUCAAAACACUGGAGAGUGAAAUCAAACAGCUCAACAACAGGCUGAAGAGUUCUAGUGCUGAGGUGAGCCGUCAGAGUGCUUUGAUUAAAGGCCUCAGGACAGAGCUGCAUGAGCGAGACCAACGCCUUAAGGAGCUACAGGACAAGGUGUGCCACUGUGAGAGGGAUGUGGUGAUGAAGAGACAGUUGGUGGAAGAUCUGCGCAGUCGGCUGAAGAUCCUGCAGGAUUCAGAGAGCAGUCAUCGCUCACACAUCGACGAACUGGAGAGAAAGGUAAAGGGUCAGUGUGAGGAAGCAUCCAACAGGAAGUCAUUUAUCGAGUCUUUAAAGAGGAGGCUGAGCGUCGCUACUCACGACAAACAGCAGUGUGAGAACAUCAACAGCACACUCCGAGAGCAGCUACACACUAAGGAGCAAAAGCUAACAGCGCUGCAGGCUCGGAUGACAGAGUGUGAGAGGUCAAAGGUCAAUCUGGAGCAGACGGCAACAGAGCAGAUGAAGCUUCUGACCAAUCAGAGCACAGAGACAAUACACACACUGCAGAACAAACUCACACUGGCACAGUCUCAACACCAACACUUACGUUCAGUCAUCCAGACUCUGGCUAUGGAAGUAGACAGAGAGGUGAAGGAGACCAGAGGUGAGCUGAGAAAGAGGAGGAGAGAGAGGAAGAAAAAGGAGGGAUCAGGAAGAGGAGGAGUAUCUAAGCGCUCCAUGGUGAAAGCUCAGUCCAUCGCUGCCUCUAUCCUCAAUGUCAGUGCUAAUGACCUGGCUAGCAUCCUGGACACAGACCAGGAGGAAGAGGGUGAUAGAGAAGCAGAUGGAGAUUGGUUGAAUCACAUUCAGCAGCUCCUACAGCAGCAGUGUCUCUCUACAGGUGAGUUGUUGGAUGUUCUCUUGGUGAAGAUGAAGGAGAACAAGGCUUUGAUGGAGGAGCUGGUCACUCAGAGACACAGCCACUGAACACAAUGAAGGAAUAAACACACAUCUUUCAAUUCUGCCUUUUUUUUAGUCAUGCAUUAUACUUUACUCCUGUUCUCUCUCUCACCUAUUACCUUUCUUUUAAUUUUGUCUUCCUCCUUCAUUUUUAUUUCAUUCACCUUUCUUUGAUCUUAAACUGGAGUGUAUAUGAAGUAAAUUCUGUAGCUGUGUAUUUGGAGUGUCUAUGUGUGUGUCAGAUGUAAUGUGUGUGUGUCAGAUGUAAUGUGUGUGUGUCAGAUGUAAUGUGUGUGUGUCAGAUGUAAUGUGUGUGUGUGUCAGAUGUAAUGUGUGUGUGUCAGAUGUAAUGUGUGUGUGUCAGAUGUAAUGUGUGUGUGUCAGAUGUAAUGUGUGUGUGUCAGAUGUAAUGUGUGUGUGUCAGAUGUAAUGUGUGUGUGUCAGAUGUAAUGUGUGUGUGUCAGAUGUAAUGUGUGUGUGUCAGAUGUAAUGUGUGUGUGUCAGAUGUAAUGUGUGUGUGUCAGAUGUAAUGUGUGUGUGUCAGAUGUAAUGUGUGUGUGUCAGAUGUAAUGUGUGUGUGUCAGAUGUAAUGUGUGUGUCAGAUGUAGUGUGUGUGUACACAAU